GCGGAGCGCUGGCGGCGGCCUCGGCGCCAGUGUUUGUGUGUAUGUGAGAAAGCGAGGGCAGAGCGCGAGUGCGAGUGAGGCACAGAUAGAGCGCAUGUCUCAUCCCUGCGAGCAGCCACUAGCCGCUCCACCACCAUCUUUUGCAUGUGCAACAUUUGCAGCCGGACAGAAAAACCUCUCCCAGGGCUAUGGAGACUGCGGAAAAAAUCUGGCAGCUCGGGAUGGAUUGCUAAAGGGACAUAGUCAUAAUCCUAAACCACCCAAAUCUCUCUCCUUUUUUUUUUUUUUUCUUUUUUGGUUGUUUUUAAUUUUAGCGCCAUAGUCUUCAAUGUCUCUCUGAACAGCAUUUAGGAAGAGUGCGAGAGAAAGAGAGAGCGCGCGCCAGGGAGAGGAGAAAAGAAGAUGAGGAUUAUUUGCAGACAGAUUGUCUUGUUAUUUUCUGGAUUUUGGGGACUCGCCAUGGGAGCCUUUCCGAGCAGCGUGCAAAUAGGUGGUCUCUUCAUCCGAAACACAGAUCAGGAAUACACUGCUUUUCGAUUAGCAAUUUUUCUUCAUAACACCAGCCCCAAUGCGUCAGAAGCUCCUUUUAAUUUGGUACCUCAUGUGGACAACAUAGAGACAGCCAACAGUUUUGCUGUGACAAAUGCUUUCUGCUCCCAGUAUUCUAGAGGAGUAUUUGCCAUUUUUGGACUCUAUGAUAAGAGGUCAGUACAUACUUUGACCUCAUUCUGCAGCGCCUUACACAUCUCCCUCAUCACACCAAGUUUCCCUACCGAGGGGGAGAGCCAGUUUGUGCUGCAACUAAGGCCUUCCUUACGAGGAGCACUCUUGAGUCUACUAGAUCACUAUGAGUGGAACUGUUUUGUCUUCCUGUAUGACACAGACAGAGGAUACUCGAUACUUCAAGCUAUUAUGGAAAAAGCAGGACAAAAUGGUUGGCAUGUCAGUGCUAUAUGUGUGGAAAAUUUUAAUGAUGUGAGCUAUAGACAACUUCUAGAAGAACUUGAUAGACGACAAGAGAAGAAAUUUGUAAUAGACUGUGAGAUAGAGCGGCUUCAAAAUAUAUUGGAACAGAUUGUGAGUGUUGGAAAGCAUGUUAAAGGCUACCAUUAUAUCAUUGCCAACUUGGGAUUCAAGGAUAUUUCUCUUGAGAGAUUUAUACAUGGGGGAGCCAAUGUUACAGGAUUCCAGUUGGUAGAUUUUAAUACACCUAUGGUAACCAAACUAAUGGAUCGCUGGAAGAAACUAGAUCAGAGAGAAUAUCCAGGAUCUGAAACACCUCCAAAGUACACAUCUGCUCUGACUUACGAUGGCGUCCUUGUGAUGGCUGAAACGUUUCGAAAUCUUAGAAGACAGAAAAUUGAUAUUUCCAGGAGAGGAAAUGCUGGGGAUUGUCUGGCAAAUCCUGCUGCUCCAUGGGGUCAGGGGAUUGACAUGGAGAGGACGCUCAAACAGGUUCAGAUUCAAGGGCUCACAGGAAAUGUUCAGUUUGACCACUAUGGACGUAGAGUCAAUUACACAAUGGAUGUGUUUGAGCUAAAGAGCACAGGACCUAGAAAGGUUGGUUACUGGAAUGAUAUGGAUAAAUUAGUCUUGAUUCAAGAUGUACCCACUCUUGGCAAUGACACAGCAGCUAUUGAGAACAGAACGGUUGUUGUGACCACUAUUAUGGAAUCCCCAUAUGUUAUGUACAAGAAAAAUCAUGAAAUGUUUGAAGGAAAUGACAAGUAUGAAGGAUACUGUGUAGAUUUGGCAUCUGAAAUUGCAAAACAUAUUGGUAUCAAGUAUAAAAUUGCCAUUGUCCCUGAUGGAAAAUAUGGAGCAAGGGAUGCAGACACAAAAAUCUGGAAUGGGAUGGUAGGAGAACUUGUUUAUGGGAAAGCAGAGAUUGCUAUUGCCCCUCUGACAAUCACUUUGGUCCGAGAGGAAGUCAUUGACUUCUCUAAGCCCUUCAUGAGUUUGGGCAUAUCUAUUAUGAUCAAAAAGCCUCAGAAAUCUAAACCAGGAGUGUUUUCCUUCUUGGAUCCUCUGGCCUAUGAGAUUUGGAUGUGCAUAGUCUUUGCCUACAUUGGUGUCAGCGUGGUCUUAUUCCUAGUUAGUAGGUUUAGUCCAUAUGAGUGGCACACAGAAGAGCCAGAAGAUGGAAAGGAAGGACCCAGCGACCAGCCUCCCAAUGAGUUUGGCAUCUUUAAUAGCCUCUGGUUUUCCCUGGGUGCUUUUAUGCAGCAAGGAUGUGACAUUUCACCCAGAUCCCUCUCAGGUCGAAUUGUUGGAGGUGUUUGGUGGUUCUUUACACUCAUCAUUAUAUCAUCUUAUACUGCUAACCUUGCUGCUUUCCUGACGGUUGAGCGAAUGGUCUCCCCCAUAGAAAGUGCAGAAGACCUGGCCAAACAAACAGAAAUUGCCUAUGGAACACUGGAUUCAGGGUCAACCAAAGAAUUCUUCAGAAGAUCAAAAAUAGCAGUGUAUGAAAAGAUGUGGACCUACAUGCGAUCAGCAGAGCCAUCAGUGUUCACUAGGACUACGGCUGAGGGAGUAGCUCGUGUCCGAAAAUCCAAGGGCAAAUUUGCCUUUCUCCUGGAGUCCACUAUGAAUGAGUACAUUGAGCAGCGAAAGCCAUGUGACACGAUGAAAGUGGGAGGAAAUCUGGAUUCCAAAGGCUAUGGAGUAGCAACGCCCAAGGGUUCUUCAUUAAGGAGGAGGACAGAGGAGAACUAACCAGCUCCAGGAUCAAGGUAAGAGGGGAGUUUUCUUUCAAAAGAAUGGGUUCCAUUUAUUUGAAGGAAACCCCUCCCCCACCUAUUUUAAUCCCUUUUUCUUUAUACAUUCAUACUUUUUAACCCAAUAAUAUUAGGAAACCAGAUUGCCACCUACCUGUACAUAAGAGCUAUUUGAACAUCCACUUGCAAAUGUUAUAGCAGGAAAAAAUAAAAACCUUCACACAAGCCAUGUUAGUUAUAAGCUAAUGCAUUUAUGUUUUCCAUCAUUAUUAAGUAUCAGUGUAAGUUUUCCAUUAAGGAUUAGAUUUCUACAUAGGCCUUAGGAAAUUGUCAUUCAGCUGUUAAUUUCACUAUAUAUAAAAUAUGAGUAGUUACUAAUAAUCAAACCAUAGAGGAUAAUAGGGUUAUAAAAAUAAUUAAAACUAAAAUCCAAAGUGUAUCUUUAGAAAAUAUAUAAGAAAAAAUUUUUAUAAAAGAGGCAGCUGGUAUAAUUUAAAUAAUAUAUAUUUUGAAAUAUGCUCGUUAGACUUCCAGUGUAGAGUUAUAGGCUUAAAUUAAAUUUUUAAGAUACUGUAUGAAAAGUGUGGUUAGAAAAAAAGGGAGGUUAUGUUAUCUUGAGCAUGCUCAUGGAACUUCUUCCCAUGCCUCUUAUAUUGCUUUUAAUAGUUUCCAAUGUUACCUCUCACAUUUUAUGUUGUCCAUGGAAAUCAUCAGAAUUCCCUGCCUUUGGUACUCUAUUUCAAAUUGCUCCUUGCAUAGGAGAGAAAUCCAAGGUGAGAAACCAGUGAGAGAAUUUACAAAGCACCCAGACUUUGAAAUAUUUGAAGAAGUCAUAUGAUUAUAGAGGAAUCAGCUUUCAGAUUCUAUCCAGCAAUAGUUCUUUGUCAUUGAGUUCUCCAAAGAUGUGACUCAUGGAUUUUAGAAAGCUUUAUGGUUAACUGAGAUCACAAAGGAAAUUUUUGGAAAGAGAAGAAAUGUGCAGAGAGAAUAAGAAUUUAGGCAAUGAAUUAAUGGUAUAUAGUCAUUAUCUUUCAGAAACACAGUUUUUGCUUUGUUUCAAAUGUGUCUAAAAUCUUGCAAUAUCUAAAAAUUGGAUGGUAGAGAGUUUUUAAUGAAAAAUUUAUUUAGGAAGGAUUUUUUUUGCUAAAGAUUGUUGUCUUCUAAGCAGGAACCAUGUUGGUCAUGUGAUUAGGAAGAUACAUAAGAGGAUACAUACAAAAUAGAAAUUUGAUUUUAGUAAAACCUAUGCUAUUUAUGUAGUGUAAUGACAUUACAAUGGUCACCAAAUCCAGAAACCUAGUAACUGAACUUUCAGCAGAUAAUGCAUUUUGCCAGAGGUCAUAUAGAAUCUAACUUUGACUUUCUCACUCAUUGACUCCUUUAAUGAAAAGUACAGGAUAUACUGAAGGCACAUUAUUUAUUCCUGAUCUAUUUAUUCCUAAAUUUUAGGAUGCCAGAUGUAUGGAUUGCCUGAGGGAAAAAAAGUCAAUAUUUUAGUGGACUAUUUAUGUGUUAGAAUUUGACAGUCACAUAGAUAUUAGUUAUGUCAGGCAGAUCUGUUGUAUACUUUGAAUUCCUAUGAAAUAUGUCAGUAAUAUCCAGGGAGAGAAUUGGUGGUGGUUCUGCAGUGAUUUCUAGUUCUUUUGGAUAAUCUGAAAUUGAGAUAAAACAUUUUUAUCUAUUUUGUUGCUCAGUAAAGUGAAAAGUAUUGAACUCAUAUUAACUGCAGUUUAUUAAAUAUAUUGAAAAGUAGUAAGUGAAAGUGCCCAAACUGGUAAUUUUAAAAAGUACCCAACCUCUGAGGAGAAGCAAAUAGCUGAAAGACUGUGUGAUAUGAUCUAGUAUUAACACCAUAGGAAUAGGAGAAGCUACUUUAAUAAUUUAAACUUUUUGUCAUUUCUUCCUAUUUAAAUUUUUAAUAAAAAUAAAGAAUAUAUUUCUUUUUUGAAAUAUGAUUAUGAGCCCUGUUGCUCUCAAAGAUAAGAGCUUUAUGUUUCACUUGGAACAGCAUAAACAAAAAUUUUGCAGACACAUGUACUUAGAAUUCUUAACCUUCAGCUGUUUUCAAGAAUAAAAGUAAAGUCACAUGCUCUCCUAGCUAUGAGCCCCCUUUGAAUGGCAAGCUCAGAUAGCUUCCUUUGAAGAUCCCAUUAGCGGAGUUCCCGUCCUGGCACAGUGGAAACAAAUCUGGCUAGGAACCAUUAGGGUGCCGGUUUGAUCCCUGGCCUUGCUCAGUGGCAAGCUAAAACCACAAGGAGACAUUAAUAUAUACCUAACAAAAUGGCUUUUAAAAAAGUAACACACGGGAGUUCCCAUCAUGGCGCAGCAGAAACAAUCCUACUAGGAACCAUGAGGUUGCGGGUUCGAUCCCUGGC